CGGCAGCCGGAAAGGGCCUUGCUGUCACCUUGGCCAUGGCGGCCGAGCCGCCCCCGCCGCUGGAGCCUAGCCCGCUGCCCAUGUUCCCUGAGGAGGGAUUCGCGGACAAGUUCCUGCGCAAGACCCGCGAGAACCCCCUGGUGCCCCUCGGCUGCCUGUGCACCGUCAGUGUCCUGGUCUAUGGAAUCAUCUGCUUCAAGAAAGGCAACACUCGGCGCUCCCAGCUGAUGAUGCGGGCCCGUGUCAUAGCCCAGGGCUGCACCUUCGCCGCGCUGCUGGGGGGCAUGGCGGCCACGGCCUUCAAAUCCCGACAGUGACAUCGGACAAGAGCGAUGCGGCCACGGGCAAGUGUCCACCGGCAGCCCUGGCUGGCAGGGUGGAUUCUGGCUGGGGAUGGAGUUUUCUGAGACUGUUGUGAUGUCUCGGUACAGCCAGUUCUGGAGCACUGGGAAUGGGGUGAAUACACUCUGUGAUUAACAUGUAAUUUAAGCUGUGGCACUUUUUUUGUUUCCCCAAGAGCUCUCCUGCAGCACUGAGGCUGCAUAUCACUAAGACUCACCACCCCUGGUCAGACUUCUUGUUCCUGCUUGAUGCUGUCACAGGCUGAUAAAAUUGUGUCUUCUUGGUCAUGGUCUUGAGGUGUGGUUGUAGUCAGGCAGUGACCAGCAUUUGAGAAAUGAGCUGCCCAUGAGGAGGGAACCACUGCUUAUGGCUUGGUCCUGGCAGGACAAAGUCCCUAGGCAGCGGGGGAGGCCAUUUGGGAGGUUGUGUGAGCUGUGUAAUUAAAACUGGUGAGUAAUAAAGUGAAUUGCAGCAA